AUGAGUCAAAAAACAAAUAGUUUAAGAGAUAUUGUUUUAUCGGAAAAAAUUUAUAAUUUUAAUGGUUUUGAAGAAAUUAAAAAUAAUAGAGAAAGAAGAGUUAUGAUAGAAAGAGAAUAUAAUAAGAUUUGGAAAUCUUUAGCAUUUUAUGUUUUUGGUCGUUCUGGAACUGGAAAGACAAGUUUUGUGGAAAAAUUAUUUGGAAAAGAAUUAUAUAAUAAAUCAAAUUUAACAAAAAGUGGAAAUAUUGGAAAUAUA